AUGGCUUCCACCACUCGUUACCUCCUCCUUGCGGUUGUAACGACCGCUAUCGUCGUCCUCUCCUCCGAACAACUCUUACUGCGAGCAGCUGCCGCUCCUGAAACCGACUCUGGGGCCAGUGAAGCGGAAAUCGCGUCGGGCCCGCAUGCCGCCAGCAGCGGCGGGGAUCGCGCCGACGCUUGGGGGAUCAAUGGCGGGCGCGUGCUAAGAUCUUCCAGUGACUCUCAUUCCUCCUCCUCGUCCUCCUCCUCUUCUAGCCACACCAGCAAGACUAGCGAGGCCACCAAGAGUCGCAGCGAAAACUCCAAAAAACACAAGUCUAGUAGCAACACCAGCAGCGGCAGCGGCAGCAGCAGCAGCGGAAGCGGCGGUAGCGGGGCAUACCAGACAAGGAAGCACGGGAAGCGGAGCGCGAGCACGAGCAGCGCAGCGGUAGCGGGGCAUACCAGACAAGGAAGCACGGGAAGCGGAGCACGAGCAGCGCAGGAGGCGGCGAGGGCUACUGCCCCUACGCGGGCCGCCCGGGCAAUUCUCCGCCCAGCAUCUUCUGCGGCGGUGCCUGCUGCAUCGACUCGGAGUACCCGUGCUGCGGGGGGCAGAUGUGCUGCAAGAGGGGAGGGUGCUGUUCCGGCAACGGGAGGCCGCACUGCUGUUGAGGGCGUGUUCAGUGUCAUUUCUCCCAAGGCAAUUCCAUCCUGGGUGCCAACUAGACUACAGUAA